AUGGGCGGCCGUCGCGCUCGCAUUCCAGGCCUCGAUUUCAGGCCGCCGCUGGUAGAAGUCAACCGCCCAUCCGUCUUCUCUACCGCCACUUUCCCAUUUCAUUUGCAGCGCGACGGAUCUUACCCGGGCCGUCUUGUGCAUCCCCUCCGUAUCGCCAAAGGCACCACCACGCCCAGGUCCUCGCCGACCAAGAUGGCUGGCGGCCUGCCCCGCCCGUUGUCCGAGCUCUCGCCAACGGAGAGGCGCCGCAACUCGCCCAGUUGGCACCAGAUCGUGUCCCCCAAGGUAUGUGGAAUGCUGCCGCCGCCCCCGUUUGACCCCGUCGCUCUAACUCGGCCCCUGCUCGUCCAGAAACCAACGCUUGGCAACGACUCCUCUCCAUUCCAGUCGUCGCCGCUGGACGGAGGCUCCUCUCCACGACACUUUUGGCAGAACCGUAAUUCGGAAAACGUGCCCUAUGGGGGCGGCCAUGCCGCCACCUCCCCUUCGCCCCAGCGCCGCUCCUCGAUUGAGAGACUGCAGAGAGCUUCCCGAGUCAAGAACAGCAACAUCUUGGCCUUGGAACAGAAGCAGGAAUAUGAUCCCACUCGCAUCCCGACAAUCGAGAGACCGCUUGCAAAGGUCCAAGUAAACAGCCUUGGUCUCUCUUCCAGCUCUAGCGCCAGCUUCAGCGGCGGCCUACGCUCCUUCGACUCUGAGUAUCAGAUUCCUGAAUUCAAGCGCAGUGAUACUGCUUCCACCACGUCCUCUUUCUUUUCUACUAUGAGCACAAACACCGCUAUUGGGCCCAUCGCUGCUCCUACCACACCCCGCGCCAACCGCGAUCAGCCCUCCAACUCGCCUACCAAGUCGUCUCUCUCGCCUUCCAAGUUCAAGGAUUCCUUUGAUCCCGUUACCGGAACCUGGUCCACGCGCACCUCGUACAUCGACGACGACUUCUCUUCGAGCAGGUCCUCGCAUCGCCAUGUGAAGAGCGUGACCUUUGACGCUGCUCCCCCACAGAUCAAUGAGUACGAAAUGACUACGCCUGAUCUCUCUUCCAUUGGAACCAACUCACGCGAAGGAAGUUACGAAUCUGACGAUACCGACGGUGACCGCGGCUACUACGACCUCGCUCACGGCCAAAACCCCGAAGAUAGCUUCGACGCAUCCCUCGAGGACACAAUGAAAACCCCCGUCGUCGGCCCGGACGACUAUAGCCCAUACGGCCGUGGCCAUGGGCGUUUCGAGGCUAGCCCCAUGCCCGACGGCAGUCCUUCCAUGGCACUCUCUAAUGGCUUCAAGAACAAGAAUGUCCCAAGCUCCGUCUCGUCUAGCGCUGAGCACCGGCCCCUGCCUCCGGUGCCAAACAGGGGCCACGAACGCAUCAAGUCCAGCGAUUCCUCGUCUGGCAUGUCUGCGACUACCGAGCAUAUGAUGAACUCGGGCCAGCGCAACUUGCCUACACCCCCGCCAGGAUCGGCCAGCAGCACUGAUACCCAAAGCUUUGGCCAUAGCAAGAUGCCUCUUGAGGAGCGUCUCAAGCUUAUGAUGAUGUCUGACGAUGGCGAUGCCAAGAGCGCAGCGGAGCAGCAGCGCGAGCGCCGCCUUAGGAGAGGCAGCGCGCGCGAGCGCAUCAACAGCCCCGCGGCGGAAGAGCUCAAGCUCCAAGCUCUUGAAGAUGCUGAGGCCGAUGACACCAUUGGCGAUAUGUCUGCCCUUGGUGACUUCCACAUGCCCGCCAAGAUCUCUCGUGAAUCCAUCCUGAGGCGUGUCAACGGCAACAAGGUCACUGAAAGAGAAUCUGACUUCAAUCUGUCCUCUCCUGCCCAAAGCCCUUGUCGCAGCCCUGAGAGAACUUUUGAUGUGUCUGUGAUCCCGGAGGAUCCUGAUAUUCCCAUCCCAUCUACGGAGGAUUCCAUGGUUGAGGACGAGAGCAUCCUCGAGGAUGAGACUAUCGUCGAGGACGGCAGCGUCAUCAUUACCAGAAACCCCUCUGACUAUGGAAAUGAAGUCGUGGAUCUGUACGAGGAUGAAGAUGAUUUCAGCAUCCUGCCUGACGACGAUACAUACGAGGAAGUUCUUGUGCAGGCACAGCAGGCCGAAGAAGUAACUAUUGCGCAAGAGACUCCCCAGCUCGUGACGCCCCGUGAGCCUGCCCUUACCAUUGAGCCUACCACUCUUCAGCCAGAAGCAGUCGCUGAACCCCAGGAGCCAAUCCCAGCCCUUCCUUCCCCUACGAAGCGGGCGGCCACGCCGGAGAAGAGCCUUUCCAAGUCCGCGUACGACGGUAGUGGCUGGGGUGACGAUGAUGAAUUUGCCGAUGAGCCCGAGAGCCCUGGCUCCGUUAUUCGUCACCCAGUGGAUGACGAGGAUGUUUUCGAAGAAGAGCGGGUUGAGUCUCCUGCCAUUCCUGAACAGGUAGCCACCAUCAAGGCUUCUGGCUCCAAGCUCAAAACCAGAAUCUCCAACACGCCGGCUGACAUUGGCUCGAUGCGCGAGGCUCGUCGUCUAGCAAGUCAGGAAGUGCCAAAUGUACCCCCGAUCCCAGAGAAGCACAAGAACCGUCUUUCCAAAGACAUGGCUGUGCAGCUGGCUGACGGCGAGGACCCUUUCAUUGAGCGUCACCCCAGCUUCAAGAAUCGGAGUCUGACUUUGGACCUGGAUACCGGUCUAAGCCUUGACAAAGAUUUUGAGAGAGUUAUUGAAGGCCAGAAGCGUGGUUAUCUCAUGCGUCAAAAUACCAAGCUGGUGGCUGCUAGCGAUAAAGAGGGCGAGGACAUGACCCGCAAGACGCGAUCUGUGAACAACUCUCCCAUUAAGAACGAUCGACCACAGUCUUGGACUGUCGAGCCGUGGAACCCUGCUGUCCGCAAGAAGAGUACUAGCUCCAAGGCAACCACUGCCAGCACCGGCUCUAUUCCCCCUCUGCCUGGCCAAGAGAGCAAUAGUAUACCCACUCGUUCCAUUCCCGAGGAGGACAUGAGCAUGGAUGCCACGACGCUGGAUGGCGCCGAAAGAGGCCGUCUAUUCGUCAAGGUGAUGGGAGUGAAGGACCUCGACCUUCCUCUGCCAAGAAAUGAGCGCACUUGGUUUAGCCUGACUCUGGAUAACGGAGUUCACUGCGUGACUACUUCUUGGCUGGAGCUCGCUCGCAACGCGCCGAUUGGCCAGGAGUUUGAACUUGUCGUGCCUAACGACCUCGAAUUCCAGCUUACUCUCAACGUGAAGCUCGAGAAGCCUGCGUACCUCGACAUCCCUGUCCCCGUGAAACCCGUCAAAUCCAAGACGUCGGCAUUUAGCAAGGUCUUUGCUUCCCCCAAGAAGCGCAAGGAGAUGGAGCUUCGCCAAAGAGAAGAGGAGCGCGUCGCAAAGCAGCACCAGGAGGCCCUUGCCCGCCAGAAGAACGGGACGCCCUCGGCUUAUGAACUACUAUCGCCUCUUGUGGCUGAGGUGGACGGCAGUUUUGCUCGCUCCUACGUUUGCCUUAAGGAGCACGAGAACCGGUGCUACGGCCGUCCAUACAUGGCCGAGGUUGUUUGCUUCAACGAGUGGGCUCAGGAGGAAGAGGCGUUUGCUUGCAGCGUAAAGAGCAAGCGAGGAACUGGUGCGGUGGUCCGCAGAGCGCCAUACAAUAUCGGCAAACUCGAAUUGCAGCUGCUAUUCGUGCCCAGACCAAAGAACAUCACCGACGAUGACAUGCCCAAGAGCAUGAACUCGUGCAUUCGUGAGCUUAGAGCGGCCGAAGAGAGACUAGCUAGAAGCUGGGAAGGCCCUCUCAGCCAACAAGGAGGCGACUGUCCUUACUGGCGCAGAAGAUAUUUCAAACUGAUGGGCGCACGGCUGACUGCGUAUCACGAGGCGACGCGACAGCCGCGUGCUACCAUCAACCUGAGCAACGCCAAGCGCUUGAUUGACGACAGGCGCACGCUGAUGGAGAAGGAGACGACAGUCAAGGGUGGCAAGCGUCGCAGAUCGGCGUUUGCGGAGGAAGAAGACGGGUACAUGUUUGUCGAGGAGGGGUUCCGAAUUCGCUUCAACAAUGGGGAAGUGAUUGACUUUUAUGCCGAUACGGCCGAGGACAAGGAAGGAUGGAUGAAAGUGCUACAAGAAGUGAUUGGCCGGAGCGCCAGCAGCAUAGAGGAUGAUGGCGGCCCACGAUCGCGCGCAAAAUGGUGCGAUGUUGUUCUGAAGAGAGAAGAGCUACUUCGGCGGCGAGCAGAACGGAAAUCGAGCCACAGCCGUACCAAGAGUGGACAGAGCAGCGGUGCUCCGUUUUAG